AUGCAUAAGAUAAGGAAUCUGGCAUUCAGCACUGACAUGACACCAUCCCUAACCCUAAGUAUCUACUCUGACAGAUUUGACUUCCGAAACAGAGGAGAGUGCGCCUCCGCUCUCCUCGCGAUAUUCAGGGUACCUGAAUCUCACCCCCAGGUGCACCCGGCGGGCCCGGGCGGCCGGCAGGGGCGGGAUUCCUGGCCGAGAUUCCCGGCCGGGACCGCGGCGCCCCCGGUACCCUUUAGAGCCGGGCGGCCUUCUCACAGCCCAGCCGCGGAGCGGCGGACGCCCGGCGAGGCGCAGGUGAGCCAGGCCGUCCGGCCGGCGCGCGCCAACUCCCGCGGCGGGCUGGGCGCUGGGCUGCUGCUCACGUGGAUCGACGCCACCGCCUGCCUUACGGGUAAAAAACAUACUGGGGUUUCCUGUAUUACAGCCUCAGUGGAUGACAUACAAUUUGAGGAGACAGCUAGAGUUGGACAAGUUAUAACCACCAAAAUGAAAGUUACUAGAGCAUUCAGCAUAAGCAUGGAGAUCAGCAUCAAAGUCAUAGUACAAGACAUAUUCACUGGCAUUGAGAAACUUGUUAGUGUGGCCUUCUCUACAUUUGUAGCCAAACCUGUUGGAGAAGAAAAGAUAAAUGUUUUUUUCUUUCUCUGGGUUCAUUUAAAACCAGUCACACUUCUAUGAGAUCAUGUGGAACUUAAUCUGGCUUCUGAGGGAAUAAAAGUUCGAUUACAACAUGAAGAUACCAUUAAAAACCUGAUAAAGGAAAGUAGCAAGUUUGAUGGUCUCACUUGUAAUGAGGAGGAAGGAAUAGUUUCCACGAAGGGCACCUCUGUUCAGAGCAUUGAACUUGUCCUCCCACCCCAUGCAAACCGUCAUGGAAAUACAUUUGAUGGCCAGAUUAUGGCUUGGAUGGAGACGGUGGUUACUGUUUCUGCAAGCUGCCUGUGUCAAGUUCACGCAUUUCUGAAGUCCAUGGACAUGUUUAAGUUCCGGGGACCAUCUACAGUUGGAGAUUAUCUUGUCUUCAAUGUCCUUGUCAACAAUACAUUUCAGACCUGUGUCGAAUUGAGAGUGUGCGUGGAGGCCUCUGACUGCCAAGAGAGGUUAGGGCUGGGGUGUCAUAUCAACAGUGCUUUUCUCACUUAUAAUACUGUUGAUGAUAAGGAAGAACUGAUCGCAUUUCCAAGAAUUGAACCCAUAUCAGAGGAUGAUUUUAGACAAUAUCAUGGAGAUAUUGCACACGAGAGAAUUCGCCUAGGCAGAAAAUAUGUUAUUUCUCACAAAGAAGAGAUUCUACUUUGCGUACACCGGGAUAUUAGCAACCAGGUAUCCCUGAGAGAUGGCAAUGCAGAGGCUCUCAAAAAGCGUGGUUGGGAGGUCACCAGUUCUGCGGAAAAGAUAAAAAUAUAUACUCUGGAAGAGCAUGUGGAAAUACCGGCACACUUGGCUUAUCAUCUCUUGUCUGACUUUACUAAGCAUUUGUGGGACCCCCAUUCUGUGUCUUGUGAAGUCACAGACUGGGUGGGUAAAGAUGAUCAGAUAUAUCAUUGUCCUGUAGUGAAUGGUGACAAACCCAAAGACUUGGUAGUACUUUUAUCAUGAAGAAAGUCUCACAAAGAUGGGUGAUGAUCUUUCUGUAACACUUACACAGUGGCAGUGAAGUCAGUUAUUCUGCCAUCAGUCCCACCUUCUCCAUAGUACGUCAGAAGUGAAAUUUUAUGUGCUGGAUUUCUCAUCCAUGCUAUUGACGGCAGUUCGUGCAUCAUAAGUUUGAUGAAACAUCUGUGGGUUAUUUUGCUCCUACAGAUAUGAGAAAUCGUUUACUCAGAUUUCCUAAUUGACUGUAAUUCUGCAGUGUAUGUCCACACCUGGAGAAUAAAGUCAUCCUUUCAGAUCUGUUCCAGAAGGUCCCCAGGAGAGUAGGGACCUAGCUUCU